UCCAGUCUUCAGAGCAGCAGGCGCACAGUCAGUGCAGCUCUCUCCUGAAGCUUCAGAGGGACAGGAGUCCCUGCUUAUUCACACAUUCUCCUGGAUAUACCAUCAUCUCGCCAAGAUGAGACUUAUUUAUGUUGCUGUCGUGGUUGCGGCUUUGUUGGCAGAAAAUCUAGCACAUCCAGUUGGAAAAGAAGGUCAGAGAGAAGAUGUGGUCACACGCUGUUUGGUUGAAGUCCUCUCCAAAGCUCUCUCCAAACCGGACUACAGGCUGGAUCAAGAAUGCAAAGACAUUCUCCAUGCAGGGGUUAAACAUGCCCCAAAGGACAAGAUAAUUGGAGAGGGGAUUGUAACUCAUGCAGAGGUGGCCAUAGGUCAACCCGAAGAGCCUCAGGCGAAGGGAGCCGAUGUGAAAGACAUUGAAGCCUUCCUGAAAACUGUGGAAGAAAAAAGAGAAAUCCCGGAAGACGAGCGCAGCCAGGAAUCCUGGAGUUUUGGUGACGAGAAGGAGAAGAGACACGAGAACGAAGAGGAAGAACAGCGGGAGAAAAGGAGCGGCUGGAGGCCUGGGAGAUACCACCAAAAGAAACAGAAACGAGACGAAGAAGGAGUAGAGGGGGAGGAACCAGAGGAAGAGCGUAGCCAAGAGUCCUGGGAUGUAGACAAAAGGCACGGAGAUGAGGACGAAGAGGAGAGAUCCAAACGCAUAUGGAAGCCAACACAUCGUUAUCACCACAAGAAAAAGUUCCACAAACGUGCUGAAGAGGAGGAAGACGAUGGUGAGCGGAGCCAGGAAUCAUGGGGUCUUGACAAAAGAUCCUGGAAACCCGGGAGGUACCACCAGACCAGACACAGGCGUGAUGAGGAAGGUACAGAAGAGGAACCUGAGGAGGAGCGCAGCCAGGAAUCAUGGGACCUUGAUAAGAGGGGCUGGAGGCCAGGAAGAUACAACCAGAGGAGACACAAACGUGAUGAAGAACUCUCAGAAGAAGCCAGGGAAGAGCCCGAUGAAGAGCGCAGCCAGGAAUCAUGGGGUCUUGAUAAGAGGGGCUGGAGGCCAGGAAGAUACAACCAGAGGAGACACAAACGUGAUGAAGAACUCUCAGAAGAAGCCAGGGAACAGCCCGAUGAAGAGCGCAGCCAGGAAUCUUGGGGUCUUGAUAAGAGGGGCUGGAGGCCUGGGAGGUACAACCAGAGGAGACACAAACGUGAUGAAGAACUCUCAGAAGAAGCCAGGGAAGAGCCCGAUGAAGAGCGCAGCCAGGAAUCAUGGGGUCUUGAUAAGAGGGGCUGGAGGCCUGGGAGGUACAACCAGAGGAGACACAAACGUGAUGAAGAGCUCUCAGAAGAAGCCAUGGAAGAGCCCGAUGAGGAACGCAGUCAGGAAUACUGGGACUUUGACACUGGAAGAGACAAGAGAGAGUGGAGGGCCGGCAGGUUCCAUCAGAAGAGACCCAAACGUGAAGAGGAGCUCUCGGAUGGGGAACGCAGCCAGGAGUCCUGGGGCUUAGACAAGAGACAGGGAAAAGAAGAGGAAGGAAUAGAAAAGCGUAUUUGGAAACCGACACAUAGAUACCACCAUAAGAAGAAAUACCAUAAACGUGGCGGAGGAUCGUCAGAAGAAGAGGGAGAACAGAGGGCUGCCUCUGAGGACUAUGAGGAGGCGGGAAAGGACGGGGACGACCCAACAAGGUAUCUGGCAGAGAAGCGCAAUCCCUGGAUUUACAGAGGAUUCUACCAUCCUGCAUGGUAUAAAAGGGAUUCAGUUGAGCAUGCAGCAACCUCAAACAAGAUGGAUGAACUGGCCAAGUUGCUGAGCUAUAAGAUAGACCAGCUGGCCAACCAAUCAAACCAAGAGGAGCCAAAGAGGAGCAUGCACCAGAGAGCACUCACCCCGCAGGAGGAGAAGGAGCUGGACAACCUAGCAGCAAUGGACACGGAGCUGAAGAAAAUUGCUGCCAAGUUGCAUGACAACAGUGCAUAAACCGAGAUGGACACCUUCAGCGGAUAAGAGCUGCUAGCUUACUUUAUGUCAUCUAAUUCAGUGUUUAAAAAACAAAAACAUCUGUCAAAUAAAAAUCUGGAGCCUUGCCAAAAGCACUUGAUCAACUUGUUUAUCAUAGUAUUUGUGAUAUUUUGAUGUAUUGAAGUGUACUGAAAAUGAUCCGCAUGGGAAUGGUUUUGAUGUUUAUAUACAUGUUGUAAGAAAAUAUGAGAUUCUAAUAUAUCUGAGACAAAUUACUCAAAUUGUGUUCUAAUGAGUUUGUUAAGUCUGCACUAAAUAAAAAGAGUUAUUCUGGG